AUGUGGGAGACAAAACUCAAAGCAACUGGAAAUCGCGAUGCCGUCUUGGAAGGCAAAGACAUCAAGCAUGAUGAAGUUGAUGGCAGCAAGGCCGACGAGGCCAAAGGUGACACUUGGUCUGUUAAACUUAAAUCUACUGGUAACAAAGAUGCCGUUGCAGCUGGCAAAGAUGUGAAGCCAUCUGAUGAUAAGGAAAAUGGCAAAGAAUCGUCACCGUCCAAGCGCACCUCAUGGAUCGCCCCUGAUAAGCUCAAGUCAACAGGCAACAAAGACGCCAUUGCGGCAGGAAAGGACGUGAAACCGAAAGCAGAAGAAUCUGCUGCUCCCACCGGUCGUCGAACAUCUUGGAUAGCACCCAGUGAGCUCAAGUCGACUGGCAACAAGGAGGCCGUACUCGCUGGAAAGGACGUCAAAGUCGCCUCGGAAGCUCCAGCCGAAACCAAAGCUGCUUGGUCUCCCGGGAAACUCAAGUCGACUGGAAAUAAGGAUGCAGUCCUGGCUGGAAAAGAUGUGAAACCGGAGGCUUCCAAUGCGACAGGGAAGAAGACAUCUUGGGCUGCUCCCGACCAGUUGAAGUCGACUGGGCACAAGGAAGAGGUUUUGGCAGGAAAGAAUGUCAAGGCUUCCGCGGAAUCUCCAAAAGAGACCAAGACCGAGUGGGCUGCUCCAAGCCAGCUAAAAUCAACAGGGCACAAGGAUGCUGUGUUGACUGGAAAGGAUAUUAAGGCCACUAGUGAGCAUGCAGAGACCAAGACGGAAUGGGUCGCACCUAGCCAACUGAAAUCAACUGGAAACAAGGAUGCUGUGUUGACUGGAAAGAAUAUUAAGGCCACUAGCGAGCAUGCAGAGCCCAAGACGGAAUGGGUGGAUCCAAGCAAGUUGAAAUCAACUGGAAACAAGGAUGCUGUGUUGAGUGGAAAGAAUAUUAAAGCGACAAGUGAACAUUCCCCAACAAAGACAGAGUGGGUUGCUCCUGACCAACUCAAGUCAACUGGAAACAAGGAUGAUGUUUUGGCUGGAAAGAAGCUGAAACCCUCCUUUGAGUAUACUGCAAAUGCUUCGACAACGGAGUGGGUGGCUCCAGACCAGCUCAAGUCAACCGGAAACAAGGACGCAGUCUUGACUGGCAAAGAUAUCAAGACUGCAAGUGACACUGCUGCAGCUGAACCCAAGACCGAGUGGGUAGCUCCGGACCAGCUCAAGGCAACAGGGCACAAAGAGGAAGUGUUGGCUGGAAAGAAGCUCAAACCCUCUUUUGAAUAUGCUGCCAAUGCAUCUACAACCGAGUGGGUCUCUCCGGACGAGCUCAAGUCAACUGGAAACAAGGAUGCUGUUUUGGCUGGAGCGGAGAUCAAGACAAGUGCUUCAGAGGAGGCAGCGAAACCGCGACGGGCAUCUUUCCAUCCAAACCAACUCAAAUCCACUGGCAACAAAGAUGCUGUCUUGGAAGGCAAAGAUGUGAAGACCGAGGCUGCCACCAACAUCAAGCCAAGACGUCAAACUUGGAUUUCCCCAAGUGAACUAAAGUCUACUGGCAACAAGGAUGCAGUGCUGGCUGGCAAGGACGUCAAGGCUGAAGAUGAGACACCAAAGGAAUCGAAGGUUGCUUUUGCUCCAGAGAAGUUGAAGUCGACUGGAAACAAAGAUGCGGUACUAGCUGGAAAAGAUGUGAAACCUGGCGAGAAACCCAAAUUUGAGACUCGAACUUCCUGGAAGGCAACAUCAGAACUGAAAGCUACCGGAAACAAAGAUGCUGUGCUGGCUGGACAAAAUGUCAAGCCAGAACAAGAGACACAGGCAGCACCAAAGGUUGCAUUUGCUCCAGACAAGUUGAAGUCUACAGGAAACAAAGAUGCAGUGCUGGCUGGAAAGGAUGUGAAGACAGGAGAAAAACCCAACUUUGAAAGAAGAGCAUCCUGGAAGUCAGCAGCUACAGAGCUAAAACCCACCGGCAACAAGGAUGCUGUCAUUGCUGGAAAGAAUGUGAAAACAGAGAAUGAGGCUACUGCUGAAUCCAAGGUCGCAUGGGCUCCUGACAAGCUGAAAUCCACAGGCAACAAAGAUGCUGUUCUGGAGGGCAAAGAUAUUCAUUCGGAAAGUGGAUCCAAAAUCAAGGCUAGACGACAAACAGCAUGGAUGGCGCCAGGCGAGCUGAAGGCCACCGGCAACAAGGAUGCAGUCUUAGCGGGUAAGGAUGUGAAGCACGAAGAAGAGACAUCAGCAGAACCACCAAAGGCUGCAUUCGCCCCAGACAAGUUGAAGUCUACAGGAAACAAAGAUGCGGUGCUGGCUGGAAAGGAUGUAAAGACAGGAGAAAAACCCAACUUUGAAAGACGAGCAUCCUGGAAGUCAGCAGCUACAGAGCUAAAACCCACUGGCAACAAGGAUGCUGUGCUUACUGGAAAAGAUGUCAAACCAGGACAGGAUACUGGUGUACCUAAAGAAAAAGCACCAAAGGUUGCGUUUGCUGCUAAUAAUUUGAAGUCCACAGGCAACAAGGAUGCCAUAAUCUCAGGUAAGGAUGUGAAGCCUAAAUCCGACAGUGGUGAGGCUGCGAAGGCCCGGCGUGCCUCGUUCCACCCGAAUCAACUGAAGUCUACCGGCAACAAGGAUGCAGUUCUCGCUGGUUUAGAUGUCAAGACAACAAGUGGUGCUGAGAAGGCCAAGGCCAGGCGACAAACCUGGAAUCCCAGUGGACUGAAGGCCACGGGGCUUCGUGAUGCUGUCCUUAGCGGCCUCGAUAUCAAACAAGAGCCCGGAGCCGAAACAAGCGAGAAAAGUUGA